AAGGGGGCGGGGUAGGGGAGGAUAAAAAAAAAGUGAAGAGAAACGAUUACACGCACUGAAGUGGAUGCGGUUUUUCAAGUGGCAUCCUCGUUUCGCCGGAGCAGCCGCAGUUAAGUCACGCGACCCGACGGAGAGAAAGCAGCUGACUCCUGCGAAAGAGGCCGUCACCGGCGCAGUGGGGGGGUUCCUGGUGCGGCUCCGUGUUAUCGCGUUGCGGUGGCGGUGGUUACGACGACAGGCCCUGAACGACCUCUUUGAUUCCAGCUUAGCCCCCCCGUCCCCCCAAUGUCUUCUGCCGCUUCGUCGUCGUCGUCGUCGUCAGCGCCGGCUCAGUCCACCGCUGAGGAGACGGCAGCGCUGCUCUGGGAGCGAGCCUGGUCGCUGGAGGAGGUUCGCGCCGGAAGCCAGUGCUGGUCCUUGGCCGCCGAUGCAGGGCUUUUGCAUUUUCUACAAGACUUUUCCCAGCAAACAAUCUCCAGGACACAUGAAAUCAAGAAGCAAAUGGACAGGCUGAUCCAUGAAACAAAAAGUACAGAUUGCCGCCUGCACAAUGUCUUCAAUGGUUUCCUCAUGCUUUCGAAUACACAGUUCAUUGAAAAUAGAGUAUAUGAUGAUGAAGUGGAAGAACCCAUACUGAGAGCUGAAGUGGGUGACCAACCAGAACAGGAGAAAACUCGUGAACAGAAAGAAGCCAAUCUGAUUCCUAAAAUCCAGGAAGCUGUGAAUUAUGGGCUGCAGGUGUUGGACAGUGCCUUUGAACAGCUGGACAUCAAAGCAGGGAACUCGGACUCUGAAGAAGAAACUAAUGAAAGGGUAGAACUAAUAUUGGAGCCAAAGGAUCUUUAUAUUGAUAGGCCUUUGCCAUAUUUAAUUGGCUCCCAGCUCUUCAUGGAGCAAGAUGAUAUUGGGCUUGGUGAUCUCUCCAGUGAAGAAGGUUCAGUAGACAGUGAUCGUGGAAGCAUGAUUGAUAGUGAAGGCAAAGAUGAAGAGGAAUUGGAAGAAGAAUUUGAGAAUAGAACAGCACUGAUGAGUGAUGAAGAUGAUUUUUUUGGUGACUCUGAAAAAGGAGAAGAAGAAGAAGGUGACUUGGGAGAAAAUGCAAGGCUGAAAAAGAAAAGGCCCACAUCAUUUACAGAUCAGCUUGCAGCUCGUAUCAAAGAGGAUGUACUGUUUAAACAAGAGGAAGAACAAACAUGUACGAAAAAUAAAACCACAGUAACAGAUAAGGAGGAAGUUAGUAUUCCAUCAGAUGAUGAUGAUAUUUUUAAGCCCCCCAAGUUAACUGAUGAAGACUUCUCACCAUUUUGCUCUAAAGAUGGCCUCUUCAGUGGUGGGAUAGGACUCUUUGAUGAUGAAGAGAGUGAUCUUUUUGCUGAAUUGCCAAAAGGGGAAGCUGCAAUAAAAAAAGAAGCACGAGUUCCAAUAAAUGAUGAGCCAUCAUCAAAAGCUAAAAGAAAAGUUCCUGCUGGUGCAGUUUCUCUCUUUCCAGACAAAUCUGCAGCUGAUCUCUUUGAAGCUGAGGGAGGCCUGUUCAAGGAAAAGCCUGACAUUACCAAUGUUAUAAUCAAUGCAGCUAAAGAAAAUAAAGAACUGACUGCAGGAGACAAGAAUCAACCAUCUGCUGAAAACUUCACAUCUUUAACUCAAACACUUUCCAAAGGCCACAAAAGCUUGUUUUCUGAUGAGGAGGAUUCUGACGACUUGUUUUCUUAUAAAUCAAAAGCAAAGAGCUCAUCUAUGUCAUCCAGCAAAGUGACAACAAAAAUGCCACUGUCUCUGUUUGAGGAUGAGGAUGAAGAGGGACUUUUUGGGUCUGUGCCUAAGACACAACUGUCAAAACGACAGCAAGAUAAAGCAACCAGUUUGCUAUUCAACAGUGAUGAGGAGGACCACUGGAACAUUACGCAAGAGGUCAACCCUGCCUCUGAAUGCAGCCAAAAAAAGGAACCUACAAACUCUGCCAGUGCUGUCAGCCUCUUUGAGGAAGAAAGGGAAGAUUUGUUUAUCACUAAAGACAGUCAAAGAAAAUCUCAAAAAGCUGAUCUAUUUGAAGAAGAUGCUGUAAAUGGAGACUCUUUUUUCAGCAUUCAACCAUCCCGUCUCCCAUCCAGUGGCCAAGAAAUAACGGCAGAUUCGCUCAGAACACCUCAAAAUAAACUAGUGGAAGAGAAGGCAGAACCUUUGAAUGAACCUGGUACACUUCACAGUUCUGGACUUGGAGAGCAGAAAAGAAAGGACAAACUGCUUUCAGAGAAAGAUGUCAAGAGAAAGAUUAAAAGUGUAUUCAGCUUGUUUGAAGAAGAAGAGAAAAAUGAAGAUACGGAUAUCGGCAAAAGUACACUGAAGGAGACAGGAAAGCCCCCAGAUAAGACGAUGUCUUCCAAGAGCACAGGUGUCUUUCAGGAUGAAGAACUUCUCUUUAGUCAUAAGCUGCAGAAAGACAAUGAUCCAGAUGUUGAUCUUUUUGCAAGCAACAAAAAACAGGUUCCAAAGUCGAGGAUAAAACUGUCAUCUGGAGGAGGACUGUUUGGAAAUGAUGAUGAUGGUGAUGAUGGUUUAUUCAGCUCUUCAAAAGCAAAGCCCUUGGUAGCAGAAAAGAAAGCAACAAUAAAGAAGAGCGGCACCAUCUCUUUAGAGGAGGAUAGUAGAGUUCUGGAGACUGAUAAAAAUGCCAAAGAAGAAGAAGAAUCCAGAGUAGAAGCCACUGAGAAAUCCACUGGUCUUGGUGCGAGUAAACGUAAAGAGUCCUCAUCAAGGAUUGGAACAUUACAAGCAAAUUUGGAUAUUAACCCAGCGGUUUUGCUGCCCAGCGGGAUUUCUACUGUGAAGGCACCUCCAUCAUAUCCAAAGACCCUGUGCCAUGAACCUCGUGGCUUACAGCAUACUAAAACAGCCUCUGCUGUAGGAAAUAGUAAGGAGAUGGGAGUCAGCUUUGAUGAUCCCAUGCAAGCAGACACGUUACAAAAUGCCAACAAGGGCAGAAUCAAGAUGACUGGGAAACGAAGGCCACCUACCAGAACUGCCAGGCGCCUAGUUGCUCAAGAGUCUAACAAGAAUGAAAUGAGCAUUUCUGAGGACCCAUUCCUGGCUCCGUUAAAGGAAAGCUCUGUGCCACCAGCCAUAUUGUAUCCCUACAAGAGAGAACUGUGUAGAAAGGAAAACACUGAAAAAUUUACCAAUCCUCUGCCUCUACCAAUAAACAGCAGUGACCAGCUGCAUGAUGGUAGCCCUGUCUCAAAAUCAAAACCCCAAUCUGAUGUACAAGAUCUCUUUGAGUCGAAUGAUAUUUUUGCUAACAGUGUAGCAUCUAAAGUGGCCUUGAGACCAAAGGAAAAAGAGAAAACAGAGAGCCUAAUUAGCCAGGUCCCCAAAGGUGGAGAGUGGUUAUCUGUUCCAUUGGCGUUGGAUGGUGCAAAUUGUGAAGGUCACUUCCAUGCUGGAAAGCUUUCAAAGAAACCUGACCCUGCUCCGUGCUUGGAGGAUGAAGAGGAUCUGUUCACCACUAGUAAAAAAACUGUGAAGAGAAAAGAUCCCAAAUCAAUUGCUCAGUCUAAUCAGGACCCUCCAAUCCAGGAUAUUUUUGAGGGUGAUAUAUUUGCAUCAGAAGCUCUUGAGGUGCCUGUCAAAGCAAAAGAGCCAAAGGCAAUCCUGUUUGAUGAUCAUGAUGAUGAUGUUGACAUCUUUGCUGAUCUCGCAGUAAAACCAAAAGAAAGGAGUGCCAAAAAGAAGAUGGAAUCUAAAUCUAUAUUUGAUGAGGAUAUAGAUGAUAUCUUCUCACCUAGUAGUCAGUCCAAGACAUCGACCAAAAAGACCCAGCCAUUUGAGGCAACUUCAGGAACUAAAUUUGAUUACAGAACUUCUAGUACUUUUGAAGACCCACUGAAUGCAUUUGAAGGGCAGUGAAGAUGUGGCCACUGACUCUUCUGUCACACUUUUAUUUUGCCCAGUACUAAUUACCUUGUUUUCUAAUCAAACAGGUGAUAUGAUGGGGCUGUACAGGUACUCCUCAACUAUCUCCUCAUUCGCAUCUAAAUAUUUUUCCUUGCAUGAUGUCAAAAGAAACAUAACAUUGUAAAAAUAAUCUCAGCACCCUUAGCAAUCCUGUUCCAAUUAAUUAGCUUGUUCAUUCCAUUGCUAAUGUAAUGUAUUGUACAGAGUAUAGAUUUUAUUAACCAGAACUGCAAAAAUAAAACUGAUAUUGGUCAAUA